CACACUACGGAACUGAGUCAACGCAUUUUUCAGAUUCAAGAAGGGUAGGGCGCAGGGCGGCUGGCCCCGCAAGAACAGAGCGACACAAGUCCACUACUUCCUUGAGCUGAACGAUCAGCUGUUACAAUUAAUUGAUGUCUUCAGAUGAGAUUUAAUAUUUUGAUGUGCAUUUAGUUGGUUUGACGCUAAUUCGCCGUUGGUCGUCCAAAAAUUACAACCCGACAAAAUGUCAGAGCCUUCGGUGGCCGACACUCGCCGGUUGAAUUCUAAGCCCCAGGACCUGACGGAUGCUUACGGUCCCCCCAGCAAUUUUCUGGAAAUAGACGUUUAUGAUCCACAAACCGUUGGAGUUGGACGGAACCGUUACACAACUUACGAAGUUCGCAUGCGGACAAACCUUCCCAUUUUUAAACUGAAGGACUCAUGUGUGAGGAGAAGAUACAGGGACUUUGAGUGGUUAAAGAAUGAGCUGGAAAGAGACAGUAAGAUUGUAGUACCAUCUCUGCCGGGCAAAGCCCUAAAGAGACAGUUGCCAUUCCGUGGAGAUGAUGGCCUUUUUGAGGACUCGUUCAUUGAGGAGCGGCGAUUGGGCCUGGAGCAGUUCAUCAACAGAAUUGCAGGUCACCCCUUGGCCCAGAACGAGCGCUGUCUUCACAUGUUCCUGCAAGAGGAAAGCAUUGACCGUAACUACAUUCCUGGAAAAGUAUGAAUGAAACAAUACAGACUGCUGCACCUGCCCCAUGUACAUUUAUUUCUACAUCACUUCAUUUAAAAAGCUGGUGGAAAGGUCAGAAGUGAGAAGUGUCAACGGUGUAGGGAAAACAGAACUAUGGCUCCUGGACAAAACUAAGAGAUCCAAUCUAUAAAUUGUUUGAUGUUAUGUCUUUAUUCAGUCAUUCCACAUACUGUAUGUACAUUAUUUUCAUUCAGUCAUCAGUGAGAAAGAAAACAUGUUCCAUAUAUCCUUUUGUCAUAGCUAGAUUUUUUUUACAAUGAUUGUUUUUUCUGAAUGUGUUUUAAUUGAUUUGAUCAACUUUCAAAAUGAGGGUAAUUUCCUGCUUUGAUUAAACUUUUCUUUCGCUAGCAGAGAUGUGAUUUUGAUGACAACCUCCCAAAGUCGAGCAACAUGUAGCAUCGUGAAAAAGACAGUCAUUCCAAUCAGAGUAUUUGCCCUUAGUUUUCUGUUCCCCACAUGCUCUUACACAGGAUGAACUGUUUUAACUCUGCUGUCUCACUUCCAUCAUCAUGCCCACACUUUGACCGUGUGUUGUCAGAUCAGCUAUUGAAAAUGUUAUGUUAGGUAAAUAACCAUAUCUAAGCACUGUGACAAGAGGUUCAUUAUAUGAACAAUAUUUCAUUGUUUAAAGGCAUAAUCAGCAUCUGGUUUAUUGAUCUGAAAAGGCUUAUUCUGCGCUUAUUUUCAGCUGUUUAAUUCUUUCUAUCAAUAUUAUUGUGAAGUGUAUUAAUACAUGUUAUCAUUGCAUUUCCACUAUGGGUGACAAGGAACUUCCUUGUCAAUGUCCAAUUAAAUUUCCUGCUGCCUGCUGUCUACAUGUCUCUUUUCAGUUUUAAUGAGGAGAAUCAUUCAGCAAAACACCUUUUAGUCUGCGAAAAGUGCAUCACUGAAAGUUACUUAGAUCAGAGAGUCAUGGGAGCUGGAUGAACGGCUGCAGACUGGCGGAUGACCUAAUUUAUCAAUGAAAUGGAAAAGAGCACGUAGGGGAACAUUCACAAAAAUCUUUCAACUUGUACAUGCAGAUUUGACUACAUUUAAAUAUUUAACUCUUGAGCCUCACUAGAGAUUUUUUUGUCCUAUUCAUUUUUGAUAAUGUAAUCAUUUUGGCUGGCAAAUGCAAACAACGAAUCUGGCCAAAGUUUCUGUCGAAUGUUGGAAUGUCAUUGUAAGAUCCUCAGAUGUUAAAUCUGUAAUAAAACUGUACACCCAA